CGCGCGCGCCUCAAGAAAUUCAAGAUGUUCGCGGAAAUCGUUGUCGCCGUGCUAUUCCCACUCGUUCUGUUUUAUAUGUACAAAAGCGCGUUUAAGAAGCCUGAUAAUUUUCCACCUGGUCCGCCAAGCCUCCCAGUGUAUGGAGCGUAUUUCCUACUCCACGCCAUAUCUCCGAACAACUUAGCAGAAGCCUUCAUGAAGCUUGGCCGCCGGUACAAGACGCGGGUGGUCGGCUGUUACCUGGGGCCUUUCCCGGCGGUGGUGGCCAAUGGCCCAGCCCUGGUGAAAGAAGUCCUCAACAGAGAGGAGUUCGAUGGGCGUCUGGACAUCAUUCUUGGGAGGCUGCGGGCUUUCUGGAAACAGCUGGGUAUAUUCUUCACGGACGGUUACUUCUGGCACACUCAGCGGAGGUUCUCCCUGCGCUACAUGCGCGAUUUUGGGUUCGGGCGGCGCUGCGUUGAGCUCGAAGAUGCCAUCACCCAUGAGAUCAAGGAGAUGAUCGACAUGAGGAUCAAUGGCCCGAGGAACGACGAGGAAAAGAAACUUGUGAACGGUGAGCUGGUUUACUUGCCGCACUAUCUCUCCGUGCCUUUUAUCAACGGUAUGCUGCACGUGUUCAGCGGAAUGACCCUGCCCCGUGAAGACUACCCCGCGCUCUGGGACUUGGCCAGAAAUACCCUCAGGUUCCAACGCAACAGCAACGACCUCGGCGGCGCUCUUUCCUUAACUCCGUGGCUCAAGGAGCUGUUCCCCAAAUGGAGCGGCUAUCAAGACUUGUAUCAGGGGACUAAGUUUAUAACGGACUUUUUCAGGAAACUAAUUGAGCACACGAUGGCGACGCAUGAGGAUAGCCAUGACCGGCACUUCUUAGACAUGUACAUCAGAAAAAUGAAGGAGGAGAUUCGAGACACUGGACGGACUACGUUCUCUGUGGACCAAUUGAUCCUGAUCUGCACGGACUACAUGUUCCCGAGCGCGACAGCCGGCGAGUCCGUUAUCCAGCUCCUGGUUGAACAAAUGUUCCUGCACCCUGAGAUCCAGGAUAAGAUCCACGAGGAGAUCGACCGAGUCGUCGGCCGCGACCGCAUGCCCAAUCUGGACGACAGGAAAAACAUGCCGUAUACAGAAGCGUGCCUGCGGGAAAUGCUGCGGUUUGAGACAACAGUACCACUCGCAGUACCACACCGAUGCGUCGUCGACACCACGCUGGACGGCUACCAUAUUGCGGAGAACACUGCAGUGGGAGUGAAUCUAACGAGUCUACACAUAGACAAGGACUUAUGGGGCGACCCCGAAGUUUUUCGUCCGGAACGGUUUAUCAAAAAUGGCCGCCUCGAUGUCGCCAGCGACAAGUCAUUGCCUUUUGGAGCAGGUCGACGGCUGUGCGCCGGAGAAACGUACGCGCGGCAAUGCAUGUUCCAAGUGUUCGCGAGCUUCAUGCAGGCGUUCGACGUCUCUACGGCCGACGGCCGCCCACUGACGAAACCCGCCCGGCGGAUCCAGGGCAUCAUCACCACUAUACCGGAAGGCUGGGUGCGGGUCAAGCCGAGGAUAUAGCAUUUAUAGGUUAUGUUAGGUUAAGAAACUGCUAGAUAACUUGUAAAAUUGAAGAAGGCUCAUUCAGAACAUGUUCCAAGUGUUCGCUGGCUAUGCAGAUGUUUCACGUAUCGCUGCCCGCUGACGAAGCCCGCGUCCGAUGGAUUCAGGGUAUCAUCACCACUAUACGUUGAAAAAGACUCAUUCAGUGCAUGUUUCAAGUGUUCUUAUUCAGAUUUUAAAAUUAAGUUUACGUUUAAUUGUGGGUACUUCCCUACAAAUUUAGUAUGUCUAUUGCUUAUCUCAGACGGUUCGUAAAGAAAUUAUGUGGUGAUAUUCUAGUAAAAGAUAGCUGAUGUUAGGACAACUAGUCAAUUAUAUCUUUUACAUUUUCAUUUAAGUACUUGACAUAAUACAAACCAGCUUCAUUAAACAAGGUCGUUAACCAGGGGGCCGAUUUUUUAAUUUCGAGCGCUCGAUUACGUCACUCGAAAAUCUGUGGAAAACGGCGAAAUGCUAUUUUUGAAAUCCGAGUGAUGGAAAUCGGGAGGGGAAUCUAGGAAAUGCCUAGUAGUGGAGAUAGUGUUGAAGGGAGUCACACGAAAUCGAGCGCUCUUAAUUAAAAAAUCGGCUCCAGUCCGUAGCUGACCAUAAACUUCUUACCAACCGCCUCAGAAACAUAGAUUAUUUAAUGUUGGUCUGAAUAUA